AUGCUGCCAUGUGACUCACUUGACGCUAAGGCCAGGUCCCUCCUCGAGCUGCCUUCCCCAAACCAUUCAUUGCAAACAAGGCAGAGGCCUGCACUGAAGGGGGUCCUUCCUUCCCACCAGAACAUCCACCUGGUGGCCAAGUGGCUCAGCACCCUGGAGAAGAAGCUGGAGGAGCACAGCGAGAACAGCCACCCAGAGUUCAGGGUCUUCAUCAGCGCGGAGCCUGCGCCCUCCCCUGAGGGUCACAUCAUCCCCCAGGGCAUCCUGGAGAACUCCAUUAAAAUCACCAGUGAGCCUCCCACGGGCAUGCAUGCCAACCUGCACAAGGCCCUGGACAACUUCACCCAGGACACCCUGGAGAUGUGUUCCCGGGAGACGGAGUUUAAGAGCAUCCUCUUUGCUCUCUGUUACUUUCAUGGGGUGGUAGCCGAAAGACGAAAGUUUGGGCCCCAGGGAUGGAAUCGCUCCUACCCCUUCAGCACCGGGGACCUCACCAUCUCUGUGAAUGUGCUCUACAACUUCCUAGAGGCCAACGCAAAGGUGAGGUUUCCAGCCAGUGCAGGGGGCAUGAGGUAGGUGGGAAGGGCCACCCCUGAGGAGGAGGGUGCAGCACCCACACAGGGAAAAAGGGACAUGUGUGCUGGGCACCCUCCCAAGCGGUGUGAGGAAGUGCAAGUUUAACCCUGUGGCUGAUCCGGAAUGACCCAAGGCCAAGAAGAGUGCCCUACAGAGGUUAGGGCCAAGAGAGCCCGGGAAACCAGACUAGUGACUCACAUCCGGUGUGUCGGUCCCAUGAGUGCCCUUCCCAAGGCCACCAGCCCAGGGCAUGCACAGCCUUGCAGGGGUUGUGGAUUGUCAGGAGGAGCCCCCCACUCACUUCCACACUGCUACCCCCCACACUGCCAUCCCUUCCUUCGCUCCACGGAGGCCAGGCUUCCCCAAGUGAUUUCCCUCCUAACUUUGACACCACUCAACUCAUGUACUCUAUUCCAUUCACUAUGAACUUUCAAAGGAGACAAUUAACUAUUAGCUAAUUAGUGGCAGGAAAUUAGGGAGGUGCCCCGCUCCUUGCUUCUUUCAUUUGCCAUUUGCCUAUUUAAAAGACUCAGGUAGAGCCCGGAUUCAUGGCCACAGUUAAUAACCACCAGAGAGGAAAGGCCUUUAUGCGAGGGGACUGGCAUAUACCUUCCCCCCCACACCCUGUGAUGCAAUUCUUCAAACAUUUAAUGGCCCCCCAAACAUGCCUGACU